AAAUGAAAAAUGAAAUAAAAGACCUAGAGCUAAGUCUCAUAAUAAAUAAAUGAAGUUACUCAAAAUUACUUGUGUAGCUAAUCAUUUAUAAUAAUUCGCCCCAAUAUAUGCUAGACCAGAACAGAGUGUCAUCAGCAUAAGCUCUAGCAAAGCGCCAAAUUAAGCCAAAUCUGGCUAACGGGGUGCCAAAUUAAUUAACUCGCUCGUCAGCUACCCGCUACGCGCUGCACAUCUCUGCCGCUUCAUUAAUUUCACACUUAAUUAAUGUCAGGCGAUAAGUGCGGGGCACGGCCAGUGACAAACGCUCGCAAAGUGUGCAAAAAACGCAACUCGUUGACAAUGUGGCAGACGCUAUCAACGCUAUCCGCAUCACUCACAACGCUCCCCACGGCACUCGCACAUGCAUCGGGGUGUAAGUGUCAGCUCGCGCGUCGCAUCAGGUCAAAGCAACGCCCCAACAUUAGCGGCAGCAACACGGAAAUGCAAAGUCACAGACCGAACAGCAGCAGCACCAAAGCGGCCACCAUGUUGCCAUCAACAUUAGCAGCCACCACGACGUCAGCGACAACAGCAGCAACAACAACAACAGCAAAGAUGAGGAGGACGACGAUGACAACAACAGCAACUGGAGUAAUAAAAUGCGCACGUAGGUGUCGCUGCCUCCAGUCCAACAACAGCAUUGCAACCAGCAUCCUGCACUGGCUGUUGUUCCUGUGCAUCUUAUGUGAUGCCGCCCAGGCGACGCUGCGCAAUGUCAACCUGCUCGUAGAGCCGCCGGCAGUGCGUCGCGGCCAGUCGGUGGUGCUGCGCUGCGAGUAUCAGCUGGAUGGGGCACCGCUCUAUUCGAUUAAGUUUUAUCGUGGCCAGUUGGAGUUUUACCGCUUCACGCCUGGCGAGUAUCCCCACACGAAGGUCUUUCAAUACCCCGGCAUCAAAGUGGACGAACACAGUUCGAAUGCAACCCUGGUGUUCAUACGGAAUGUCAGCUUCGGUCUCUCUGGCAAUUUCAGCUGCGAAGUGACCGCCGAUGCACCGCUCUACUCGACAGCCACCGCUUAUGCACAUAUGCAAGUUGUGGAAUUCCCAGAAAAACGACCUCAGUUAUUUACAGAGCAGACACGCUAUGAGCCCGGCGAUGUCUUGCGCGCCAACUGCAGCACGUUGCCGUCGAGACCACGCGCCGAGCUACGUUUCACCAUUAACCACAUCCCGGUAACCACAGAGGAAACACAAUACAUUCGCACGGUUGAUAACCUAAUAGCAUCCAGGCUGAGCCUCCGAUUGCAAUUGCAGGCGGCGCACUUUGUGGCCGCCGCGAGUGCCAAUAGAAAUGGCAACGGCAAGGCUCAUGACCGAGCUAGCAAUGCGCACGUGACAAAUGCUUUGGGGCCCGGGCUGCCCGGUAUCGGGGGCCUGAUGUUACGCUGCACGGCUCAAAUUGGUGAUUUAUAUCAGGAGUACAAGGAAAUUGAAUUGGGCACGCCGCAAAAGGAUCCGGUGCCGGCAAGAGUUACACUCUCAUCCUCGGGUCUGCAGUAUAUAUUGGGAAGCUAUUUCUCCACAUCGGCAGCUGGCAGAGGACGAGGCUACAGCAGCUUUUUCAUUUUCAUUUGCUGCCUAAUCCCAAUGUUUAGGAUGAUAACAAGCGGCAGUUAAAUGCAAAAUUGAUUACACUUUAGCUACAAUUACAGAGUAGAGUACAGCUUGAACAUGAAAUGUGUAUAGCAUAGAUAAUGGCUUCGAUGUUUGGCCAAUUGUUUUAAGCUUUGCAUCCCUAUCUUCCCUCAACUCUCGCCAAGCCCAGUAAAAAACGCAUAUAAAUUACGCAUUACUUUGUUGUACACAUUCAGAUUAAAUAACACAAUUCUGUAAAUAUUUGUUUUAUUAUGUAAGCCAUUGCACGUGCAUUAGAUGAAAAACACCGCCACAAAUAUCUACACGAACAAGCGGACAAACGGACGGACAAACGGUUGGAUGGACAGAGGAAGCACAUAGACGAGCAAACACGGCUAAUUGUUAAUUAAUGGAUUAUUUAAUGAUGCAUUAAAUAUUGCAUAAAUUAUAAU